GCAGGUAAUGCAAUUACAAAUUGAUAGCAACGAAAACAGCAUUAGUGUAGUAUUGAUUGAAAAACUUUUCCUUACGUUUUGUAAAAGAAUUCUCGGUCAAUUACUUACGAGUUUAUUAUAAAAAUUGUUUCAUAUUUGCAAGAUUCUUGUAUAUUAUCGCAUCAAGUCUGAAGUUGAUUUAAAACAUCCAAGAUGUUACCGCGCUCGUAUUACAGCGAACAAGACAUCAAGAAACGCCAAAUAGACACGUUAAAAAUUUUCAAUGAACAUGUUACUGAGUUGCAGCCAGAAGCUGAAUACAGGGUUGACUUUGCCGCUGAUGGAAAAAAUAUGAACCUAAACAUUAUUUUGAGUCCUGAAUUUCCGAACGAAAAGCCCGCCAUUUUUGUAAAUCCACCAAUACACCAUCCGUGGGUGGGAGAAAAUUCAAAUCAAGUUAUUGGAGCUCCGGGAUUGUUAAACUACACACAACAUUCAGAUUUAGGCAGGGUUGUGCAGGCUAUCAUAAGAGAGUUUCAGAAGUCGUUGCCAAAUUUACAAACUGACGAGAAAUGUAACGAUAGCCCUCAGUCUCACGUCAGUGCUCAGUCGUUAAUGUUUCCAGACUUGAACGAGUUAACAAUCGACGAGUUACAGGAGAUUGCUGAUAACCCAGAUUUACAGGACAAACUACUACAAAACAAUCCAGCCUUAGUUGAACUAGAGCUGGAGACUGAAGAACUCAUGGGCAGCAUAGAGCAGAUAGCUCAAGACAACCUGGCCAAGCAGCGCACCCUGGACAAGCUGAAGUCCGAGGUCAUCGACCGCAUCUCCACCAUUGUGCAGAUGAAGAUCAACUACGAAGAGUUAAACAGGAAGCACCAGCGGCUGGCGGAUAUGUAUGACCCGCACCGCAUCCGCGAGUGCGUGCGCGGCGCCGCACUGCGAGCCGACGAGGACGCAGAGAUGAUCGCUGAACAGUUCCUGCAUGGUAACCUACCAGUAGAAGUAUUCAUCUCAAAGUUUGCAGAGAAACGUGCCCUGGGACAGGCCAGGCGGGCCAGGGAGGAACGAUUGGCCCACCAAUUGGCGCAGUUAGACCGGGCCACCACAUAAAAAAAAAGUAUUGCACUUAUUAUUAUGUGCGUUAGUGAGAACUCACAAAGCGAAAAGUUCGCAAAAUCAUCGGAUCGCAAUUCGCACUCUUUUGUCAAGCCGGGAGUGUGUUAUACAUUAUCCCGGUACUACCUGGUAACCCGGAUACUUAACAAUCAAUCAAUCAAUCAUUUUUUUAUUUGCCAGAAUACAAUUUACAAAAGAGAUGAUAUAGUAUUACAGUAUGUCAUAGUAUUCAAUCUUAACUAGGCAUGCAAAUAUUUUAACAAUUCGAAAACAAAACUUCCAAUCAUAAUAAAUUUAAAAUUUUACUUAAGUGAAAGUGCUUCUCAUACGGAAAGCGCCAGUUCCAACCCCGGUACCGAACUUGCACACAUGAGUUAUUAAUUUAUCAUAAGUGCAGUUUGCAUUAACACAGUUGGCUCGACCAUUAUAGACAGCGAUACGGCUCACCUAUCACGUUGGUCUAACAGUAAGCUCGGUGAGGUGUGGGUACUUAGUUCAUCUUGCGAUGGAUGUACCUCUGCCUACCCCACUUGGGAUAUAGUCGUGAGAUAAUAGGCAAAUUUCCAACUAGUCAAAUCAGUUACUUUUUACUAAACGUCAAAACACGAAAUUACUACGGAUUUUGUAUGAAAAAGCACACUGUGACGUGAUAAAAUAUCCGAUUGAUUUUGUAAUAAGUUAAAUAGAAAAAAUAAAAUAUUUUUGUUUUGUUUUA